GUGGUUCUUUGCUUUGACACCAUUUUUUCUCUCUAAUAUACACAUCUCUGUGGUUUUCAGCUGCCUAUUCCUGCCUAUCUGAUUGCAGCACUGUUUUAUAUAAAAUUUUGAAAAUAAUAAAUUUGGCAACUUUCUGUUUAGUUGAAGGAUUGUGCUUUAAAUGUUACUGUUUUUGUCUAUGUAGAAUCCGAAUCAGAUGUCAUAAGUAUUGUAUCUCGAAAAAAAAUUUAAUAAAAAGACUUUGAUGAUCACUGCGAUGUUGCAUAUCCCACUCACUGAUAAUUUUUUGAUCGAGCGAAAAUAUAUACCGCUCCAGUAUGUACUCACGUACAGUUAUUUAGGGCCCAAUCUAAUUGCCAAUAUAGUCGUUCUGAUCGCCGUUGGGACGAAAAAUACAAAUCACCUUAAAUGGGGCUUAAACGUUGCGUUCGUCUGUUUUUUCUAUUGGUUAUUCCUUUCAACCAUAAGUUAUAUAUCGGUUCAUGACUUAUUCAGGUUUGUCUGUUUUGAAAAUCACUGCCCUGAGAUCCAUUGGAUGUUUAAUACAAAAUGGAGAGAUUACGGAAUCAAAUGCCCCUAUCACAUGACUUACCCCAACGGGACUGGGGACCUUGAUAAUAAAGAUGGCCUCGUUCUACGAAUAUCUUACGGCAGUCCAAAAGGAAGCCAGAACGAUUUAAAAGCUUACUACACUGGCUGCGAAAGCUACACAUCCGGGCCGAUGGCGAUCUCGACCGUGUUGGGGCUAGUUUGGCUUCUGUUCGCCAUCCAUUCGUUCAAAACGAUAAGAAAGCUUCAUGUAAUUUUAUCUCAAGAGGAACAGUCGAAAUGAGUACAAAUAAAUUCAAGAAAGAUGGGAUCCUUGAAAUAAAACAAACCACUCAACGAUUUAAUAA